AUGGAUAAAUGGGAAAUCCAACAGUUUGCCUUUAAAGCACUGGCUCAGAAUGAAAUUCGAGGCCAGUGGAUCCGCUGGAAGCGUAAUUUCGAGUACGUAGUUGCCGCUAGUGGAGAGAAAGAUCAAACCAAAUUGAAAUUCUUAUUGCUGGCGCGGGCAGGUCCAGAUGUCCAAGAAGUGUUUCAAUCCAUUCCAGAUGCUGACGUUGAUGAAUCUGAUGAUGUUAGCCCAUACAAAGUUGCAUUAUGCAAGCUUGAUGAGUAUUUUGCUCCGAAGCAUCAUGAUUCAAUGGAGCGAAAUAUAUUCUGGACGCUCAAACCUGAAGCCGGGGAAAAUCUUGAGAAGUUCAUGCUGCGAGCUCGUGAGCAAGCAAAUAAGUGUGAUUUCGGAGUAUCAGCAUUCCAGAAUGUCGGAGGGAAUGUGAACCGUGUUUUUGGUGAUCAGUCUGGGCGGGUCGCAUUAGAAUGCUCUCGUUGUGGUCGUAGAGGUCAUUUAGGAAACGACCCAAAAUGCCCUGCUCGGGAUAAGGAAUGUGGUUACUGCAAGCGAGUUGGUCAUUUUGCCAGAAAAUGCAAAACUGCUAGUUCGAAAAAUGCGGUGAGUGAUACUCAAAGGAGACAAGAUAAAAGGCCAUUGAUGAAGGGCAUUGCUCAGCGCAUAAGAACAAUUCCUUCGGAAGAAGCUGAAGUAGUCGAAGAGGAAAAACCGCAAAGUUUCAUCUUUUCGAUUGGCGAUGGCGAUGAGUUUAUUUGGUUGAAGCUGGGAGGUGUUAUGACUCAAAUGCUUAUCGAUUCUGGGAGUCGCAAAAAUAUUAUAGAUGGAUCUACCUGGAACUGGUUGAAGUCGCAGAAUGUCGUAAUACGGAAUGCUACCAAAAAAGUCGAUCAGAAGUUUCGCGGGUACGGGAUGGAUGCCAAGUCGUUGGAGGUCAUAGGAAUGUUUGACUCUACUAUUCGAAUUCCUGAGAAAAAUUGUCAAUCGCAGUGCGAUGCAAGAUUUUACGUUAUACGCGAUGGAAAUCAACCGUUGUUGGGGAAAGAAACGGCCAAGGAGCUAGAUAUUCUACGAUUAGGGUUGCCGGAUAAACCAAAUCAAGUUGCUCAGAUUGUUGUUAAGUCGUCUUUUCCUAAGAUGAAAGGUAUAAAACUUCACAUACCGAUAGACAAAUCCGUAACUCCUGUGGUGCAACAUGCUAGGAGGCCGCCGAUAGCUUUAUUAGGGCGUAUUGAAGAAAAGUUAGAUCAUCUGGAAGCUGCUGAUAUUAUAGAAAAAGUAAAUCAGUACAGUGACUGGGUCUCACCGCUAGUUAUCAUUGUGAAAGACAGUGGUGAUUUGCGAAUAUGCGUAGAUAUGCGCGUUGCGAAUCGUGCGAUAAAGCGUGAGCAUCACUUGAUGCCAACUAUAGAAGACUUUCUUCCUCGUCUGAAGUCAGCCAAGUAUUUUUCUAGGCUGGACAUAAAAGAUGCUUUCCACCAGAUCGAGUUAGAUGAAUUGUCUCGGCCUGUAACAACUUUUAUUACUCAUCGGGGAAUGUACAGAUAUAAGCGGUUGAUGUUCGGAGUUUCACGCGCUUCGGAGAUGUUUCAAAAGAUAAUUGACAAAAGACAAUUACAUUGA